AUGGCGAACCUCGAAUCUUAUCUUCAAGAGCUUGAGCGAGACUUUACGGUUGAUACCGCAAAGCUCAAGCAUAUCACCAACCAUUUUAUUGAUGAGUUAGAUAAAGGGUUGAGUGUCAAGGGUGGCAGCAUCCCUAUGAACCCAACAUGGGUAAUGCAACAACCAACUGGUCACGAAACAGGAAAAUAUCUCGUCCUAGAUCUCGGCGGCACGAACCUCAGAGUCUUCUCCGUUGAAUUAACCGACGAAAAGUCAGGCUUCAAAGUCAGCCAAGUCACGCACAAACUACCUAAAGAAUUGAGGACAGGAUCUGCCGAAAGGCUUUGGGAUUUCGUUGCUGGACACCUUGAAGAAUUCCUCAAAACAGCUGAUUUUGAGACUGGAACGAACACCGACUUGAGCUUCAUCUUUUCUUUCCCUACGACGCAGCGAACUAUUGACGAGGGAAUUCUUCAGAGGUGGACGAAGGGUUUUGAUGUCUCUGAUUGUGAAGGUCGCGAUGUAGCGGCGUCGUUGAGACAUGCCAUCGCGAAAAGGAAACUCCCUCUUGAGGUCCGAGUCGUGACAAACGACACAACCGCCACGAUGAUUGCCUCAGCAUACAUCAACUCCGAGACCGCAAUUGGCUGCGUUUUUGGCACGGGCUGCAACGGCGCUUACUUCGAACGAUGCCAAUCCAUCCCCAAGCUUGACAUGGAAGGGCUUCCCGCCGAAGCACUCAUGGCGAUUAAUUGCGAAUGGGGCGCUUUUGACAACGAGCAUGUUGUCUUGCCUUUGACGUCAUUUGACAUCGCUAUUGAUGAUGCGUCACCGAGGAAAGGCCAGCAGGCGUUUGAGAAGAUGGUUGCGGGAUUGUAUCUUGGGGAGUUGUUUCGGUUGAUUAUGCUUGAUGUUAAGAAGAGGGAUGAUACGUUUUGGGAGGGGCAGAGCUUGGACAAGAUGCAGGAGCCGUAUUUUAUGGACUCGUCGUUUUUGUCGGCGAUUGAAGAGGACACGUCGGAAGGUUUAAAGAUAUCGCAUGACUUAUCCGUCGCCAAGCUCGGAGUAUCUCCAAACCUGCAAGAGCUCGAGUUCAUGAGAAGCGUCGCGACGCUGAUAACAACCCGCGCGGCGCGUCUUUCAUCAACAGGCGUAGCAGCGAUAUGCUUGAAGAGGAAUCUCAAGACAUGUCAUGUUGGCGUUGAGGGAUCUCUGUUUGAGAAACAUCCUCAUUUCAAAGGCGAGCUGUCCAAAGCGUUAGGUGAGAUUCUUGGUUGGGAGAAACUGUCACCUAAUGGCGAGCAUGAUGUGAAGUUUUUGCUUUCGCCCGGAAGUGGUGUUGGUGCAGCUGUUAUUGCGUCAACUCUUACUAGAAGCAAGCAUGAAAUUUAA